GUGAGCAGCUGCAGUCUCUCCCCAUCCGGGACAGCGGGGAAUGGCUGAGCCUGGGACUCAUCGCCGCCGCUGCUGCCGCCGCCGCCGCUGCGGCCGCCCGCUUUCGGCCCCGGCCGCAGGACCCUAGCCUCCUGAGACAUUUCAGAUUCUUAGCCCUCAAGGCUGACAGGGUCAGAGUUCAUCAUGUCAAAGUUGAAAAGCUCGGAGUCUGUCAGGGUGGUGGUUCGCUGUCGGCCCAUGAAUAGCAAGGAGAAGGCUGCUUCAUAUGACAAGGUAGUGGAUGUGGAUGUGAAGCUGGGGCAGGUGUCUGUGAAGAACCCUAAAGGAGUGGCCCAUGAAAUGCCUAAGACCUUCACCUUUGAUGCAGUCUAUGACUGGAAUGCCAAGCAGUUUGAACUCUACGAUGAGACAUUCCGGCCACUUGUGGAUUCUGUCUUACAAGGUUUCAAUGGGACAAUUUUUGCUUAUGGACAGACUGGGACUGGGAAAACUUACACAAUGGAAGGAGUCCGUGGGGACCCUGAAAAAAGAGGGGUCAUUCCUAACUCAUUUGAUCACAUCUUUACCCAUAUCUCUCGAUCUCAGAAUCAACAGUACCUCGUUAGGGCUUCCUACUUAGAAAUCUAUCAGGAGGAAAUCCGAGAUCUACUCUCAAAGGAUCAGACCAAGAGACUUGAGCUGAAAGAGAGGCCUGACACUGGUGUAUAUGUGAAAGAUCUGUCUUCCUUUGUCACCAAGAGUGUGAAGGAAAUAGAACAUGUCAUGAACGUGGGGAACCAGAACCGGUCUGUUGGUGCUACCAACAUGAAUGAGCAUAGUUCACGCUCUCAUGCAAUUUUUGUUAUCACCAUCGAGUGCAGUGAGGUGGGCCUUGAUGGGGAAAAUCAUAUCCGUGUAGGGAAGCUGAACCUUGUAGAUCUUGCUGGCAGUGAACGGCAAGCCAAAACUGGUGCACAAGGGGAAAGAUUAAAAGAAGCAACCAAGAUCAACUUGUCCCUUUCAGCCUUGGGCAAUGUGAUUUCUGCCUUGGUGGAUGGCAAAAGCACUCACAUUCCCUAUCGGGACUCAAAGCUUACCAGGCUCCUCCAAGAUUCUCUUGGUGGCAAUGCUAAGACUGUGAUGGUGGCCAAUGUGGGGCCUGCCUCUUACAAUGUAGAAGAGACUCUGACCACUCUGAGAUAUGCCAACCGUGCCAAAAACAUCAAGAAUAAGCCAAGGGUCAAUGAGGACCCAAAGGAUGCCCUCCUGCGAGAAUUCCAAGAAGAGAUUGCUCGGCUCAAGGCCCAGUUGGAAAAACGGUCCAUUGGGAGGAGAAAGAAGCGAGAAAAGCGGAGGGAAGGUGGUGGCAGUGGUGGGGGUGGGGAAGAGGAGGAGGAGGAGGGAGAAGAGGGUGAGGAGGAAGGGGAUGAUAAGGAUGAUUACUGGCGGGAACAACAAGAAAAACUCGAGAUUGAGAAGCGGGCCAUCGUAGAGGACCACAGCUUGGUUGCAGAGGAGAAGAUGAGACUGCUGAAGGAGAAGGAGAAAAAGAUGGAGGACCUGCGUCGGGAAAAGGAUGCUGCUGAGAUGCUGGGUGCCAAAAUCAAGGCUAUGGAGAGUAAAUUGCUUGUUGGAGGAAAAAAUAUAGUAGAUCACACAAAUGAGCAGCAGAAAAUCCUGGAGCAGAAACGGCAGGAAAUUGCAGAGCAGAAACGCAGAGAAAGAGAAAUUCAGCAACAAAUGGAAAGUCGAGACGAGGAGACCUUGGAACUUAAAGAAACAUACAGCUCAUUGCAGCAAGAGGUGGACAUCAAGACCAAAAAACUCAAAAAGCUCUUCUCCAAGCUCCAGGCAGUGAAGGCAGAAAUCCAUGACCUGCAAGAAGAGCACAUCAGGGAGCGCCAGGAGCUGGAGCAGACUCAGAAUGAGCUCACCAGGGAGCUGAAACUCAAGCAUCUUAUUAUAGAAAACUUUAUCCCUCUGGAAGAAAAGAGUAAAAUUAUGAAUAGAUCCUUCUUUGAUGAAGAGGAAGACCACUGGAAAUUACAUCCUAUAACCAGACUUGAGAAUCAGCAGAUGAUGAAGCGACCAGUCUCAGCUGUGGGAUAUAAGAGACCACUGAGCCAACAUGCGAGAAUGUCUAUGAUGAUUCGUCCAGAAGCUCGAUAUCGGGCAGAAAACAUUGUACUAUUAGAGCUGGACAUGCCCAGCAGGACUACCAGAGACUAUGAGGGCCCUGCCAUUGCCCCCAAAGUCCAGGCUGCACUGGAUGCGGCACUGCAAGAUGAAGAUGAGAUACAGGUGGAUGCCUCAUCAUUUGAAAGCACUGCAAAUAAGAAAUCUAAGGGCAGGCCAAAGAGUGGCAGGAAGUCGGGAUCCUCUUCCUCAGGAAUGUCUGCCUCUCAGCUUUAUCCACAGUCUCGAGGACUGGUUCCAAAGUAAACCAGUUCUUCUUCUCCCAGGGUGUAAACAGUUGCCUUCUGAGAGAAGAGAUGAGCAAAAAUCUGCAGAGAGAACGUGAGCCCAAGUUCAGAACCAUUCCCCUGGAGAGAAGCAAUGGCCUCUUUGCAGAUUAACCAACUUAAUCUGGUUGAAAUGUGCUGGUCCUAAUCUGGUGCUCUGCUCCUCUGGGAAACGUCUUUUAAUUAGCAUCUCAGAAAUGCAUGGGUAAGGUAAUGUGCGGUAGUCUGAGUGGAAAGCAAGAGAAUGACCAGUGACCUUGCUUCCCUUCUUCCUUGCCUCUUCUCCCCACCCUUCCCUUGUCAUCCCUUCUCCCCUCUCCUUUUCUGGCCUGUUUUUGACACUGGGCUCCCUAGGGCAGAAUCAGAAGUCUUUGGAGCCUCAGGAUAAAAAUGACAGUGAGGUUGAAAAGUGAGAGCUCUAGAACUUAAAUGGGUGCCUACUCUCUAGGCAUAAAUGAGAAAACUCAUUUGGGUCCAAAGUUCAGAUAGGCACAAUGCUUUCAUGAACCUUAGAAAGAAGUGGAUCUACCUUUUGGGAUAUGCUAAAUGAGGAAAUCUUCAAGGAAGCUACCAGUUUCUGCUCCUGAAGUAUUAAAUGUCAGAAGCAAUAGAAAUAACAUUCCCUUUGCUUCUUUAUAGAGAGUUUAGGGGAGCAACUUCUUCAAAACCUCAAAACUAUGACCAUCCUGUCAAAGACCUAAACCUAUAAGAGGAUAUCAUGCCCAUACACCAUGUCACUCUUCAUUUGUCACCAUCUUUUGAACAUCCCUGCCUAGGCCUACCCUCUGCUUUCAGAGCCUGCUCUACAUGGAUCUGUUUUGUGGGAGAAAGCAGACAUACUCUAUCUUCUCUGAUCCGACAAGGGUUGGAAGAAAAAGACAAUACUGUAGCACUUUGCAAUUCUCCUUUUUUGUUUCAGAUUUGCAUAGAGAACAUAAGGGAACUAGGCAGCCAUGAGGUUCAGUGUAAUGUGAAGGAAAGACAAAACAGAUGAAAGCAUAAGAAUCCUGCCUGCCUUUAAUAAAAAACUCAUUAAAUCCUAGAACCAACCCCAAAGCCUCUCAGCCCUUGGCAGAGCCUAAGAUGGUGGUGAGGAAUAGCUGUGCUAUUGAAUAGGUUCAGAGGAGAGCAUUAAGAAUACCCGUUUACAUAGACUAGUUUGAUUGUAAGGUUUAGUUCUUUGUAUUUUAUUAUUGAAAUUCAAAGCUUUGUUUUGUAUUGGUCAGUAGGUGAAUGUUACUCAUCUCCCAUCCCCCAGAAGCUCAUUAAAUCUGUGUGGGUGUGCAA